UUUCCUUAUUUACCGCCCUUAUUCUACUGCCUCGUUUGAUCUUUGGUCAUCAGCGUUGUUGGAUGGAAAUUUGUAAGAUUUACUGGAAAGAAAUCUUAAAAGAGUAAUCUAUAGCCAAGGCAGAGGCAUGCUACUGGUUUAUGUAAAAAGUCGACUGAUAGUAAGAACUCAACGUGCGUAAAUCCACAUACAUACUUUGGAAUACUAAAGUUUUUACCAACUUGGAUGAUGUUAGAGCAACACAUGCAAAUGAAGUAUUAAGUGCAAAAAAAUCAAAAUAUUCUAUGGACCUGUAACCAGUGCUAUAAAGGCCAGCUGGUUACAAUUUCUCUACAUUCGCAGCCAACAUGAAACUGGAUAAGCAGCUGCUAAUUCCAUUUGGAACGAACAACAUAAAAAUGAUAUUUGAGUAUUAUAGGGAGGCUGUAUCAUUAUUGGUUUUCGCGCUGUUACGCGUUUCUAUGAAGGACAUUGCCUCGUGGGUAUUAAUAUUGCUGUCGUUUACCCUUUUACCAACACCAAUAUCUUCACAAACUUUAAACGCAACAAACUGCAGCCUGGUAUGUCCUAAUUCAAGGCUUGUUGCAUGCAAACCUCAUGGUCUGCCAGUAUUAGUGAACCUGGGUGUCAGCGAUCGAGAGGUUUGUCAUCGGCACAAAGACUGUUAUGGUGGGUCAUCCGAACAACCUGUUCCAGUGCAGCAAAGACCAAUUAAUAUUUUGCUAGGCCAAUCUGUAACCUUAAAACUUGAUCAAAUGCUAGCAACCAUGUCGCGUGUUUACUGGCAGUUGUAUAAUGUCUCUUCGAGGCAGUUUACAAGUUGUGACGUUUCGAGAAAUUCAAGCAAAUUAAUCGCCAAUAUUACACAGACUGGAUCAGUGGUGUUCAAUUCAACAUUUUAUGGAGUUGGAGUAUUUUAUCUAGCAGGGGAAGCAAACAACAUUCUGACAUGCAGUCUUGGUUUACGAAUAAAAAUCAUUGUGAAAGCACACAAUUGCCCAUUUGUCGGGGGCUCAGUUUGUGCUGGCAGCGGAAUUUGUAUUGCAAAUGCUAAUGACACCAUGGCAAAGUGCACAUGUUGUCCUGGAUAUAACGGUACUGACUGUGGAGAGUACAAUGGUUGCUUUUCGAACCCUUGCUUCAAUGCAGGAAACUGCUCUGAUGUAACAGCGGGGUUAAAACGCAACUUUACUUGCAGCUGCAGCCCAUUUUUUACCGGAAAGCGCUGCGAGUCGAGGGUUGAUUACUGCGAGCCAAUGCCUUGUUUAAAUAAUGCGACGUGUAAUAAUCUGGUGUUGGAAAAAAAUUAUUCUUGCAACUGUCCGGCUGGUUUCACGGGAAGGAACUGCGAAAUAAACAUUGAUGACUGCAUUAACAAUAACUGCACGAGAAAUUCAACUUGUAUAGACUUAGUAAAUGGGUACAGGUGUAAGUGCAAUGGAAACUGGACAGGCAACUUUUGUGAAAUAGAUGUCAACGAAUGUAAUACUAAACCUUGUCGAAAUAAUGCAACAUGUAUUAACACACCAGGAAGUUUUAGUUGUUUGUGCCCAGUGAAUGUCACAGGAUUGUUUUGCGAAACAGAUCUGUAUGACAAUUGUGCGUCUAACCCAUGCCUCAAUAAAGGUGUAUGUACGGACCUUGUUGGAGGCUACAGUUGCAGAUGUGCUCAGGGCUAUACUGGAUCAAGGUGCCAAAGUGACGUCAAUGAAUGUUUGAGUAACCCAUGCUCUGCUGAAGGGUCCUCGCGUUGCGUUAAUUCACCUGGUAACUUUUUAUGCGUCUGUCUCACUGAAUAUACAGGGAAGCUCUGUGAAAAUCUAGUCAACAGAUGUGUACCAAGUCCUUGCUUACAUGGAGGACUUUGUGUCAAUAUAUUUGGCGGCUAUACUUGUGUAUGUCCAGCUGGAUAUCAAGGAAAGAAUUGCGAAGAUAUUUUAAACAAGUGCCAUUACAAGCCCUGUAAAAACAACGCAACCUGCGAGCAGACAGGAGACUUUCUCUCGAAUUAUACGUGUCAUUGUCUGCCUGGUUGGACUGGACGAAAUUGCACUGAUGAUUACAACGAGUGUUUGUCAAGCCCCUGCCUUAAUGGCGGCAGAUGUAUCAAUAAAUUCAACAGCUUUGAAUGUGUAUGUGACGUUGGAUGGUAUGGGACACAAUGUCAAAUCAAUUACAAUGCUUGUCAAGUAUCGCCUUGCAAAAACAAUGCUACUUGUACUGAUCUGCCUACAGGUCUUGAUUACUCUUGCACUUGUGUUUCUGGAUUUACUGGCCAGAACUGUUCUAUUAACGUAGAUGACUGUGUUCGUUUAAGAGCAAACUGUAACAACGGAGUAUGUGUGGAUCAAGUUGGUAGUUAUUACUGUAACUGUAGCAAAGGGUGGUAUGGUAAGAGCUGCGAUACAGACAGGGAUAUGUGUGCAAGUAGGCCAUGUCUUAACAGUGCAGUUUGUGAAAACAAAAACACAACUCUAGGCUACGAUUGCCAUUGUGGAAGCGGCUGGACAGGUGUAAACUGCGAAACAAAUGUUAAUGAUUGCAUUUCCAACCCAUGUAUGAAUGGUGCUACUUGUAAUGAUUAUCUUAAUUAUUAUAACUGCAGUUGUUUACAGGGAUAUACAGGACGACAUUGUGAAACAGAGAUAAAUGAAUGUCAAUCGCAGCCAUGCCGAAAUAAUGCUACAUGUGUCAACGAAAUAGGCCGUUUCACCUGUAACUGUCUGCCUGGAUACACUGGCCAUAGAUGUGAAACCAACACAAAUGAAUGUGCCUCGAAUCCAUGUUUUAAUAAUGCAACUUGUAUUGACGAGAUAAAUGCCUAUACAUGUAGAUGUAAAGGAGGCUAUCUUGGGUUUCAUUGCGAAAUUCCUAAAUGCAGAACAAACCCUUGCCGCCAUGGUGCAACGUGUGUCCAGAUGCCAGAAAGAUACAGUUGCCAGUGCUUGCCAGGGUACACAGGACAAAAUUGCGAAAAAGAAAUCAAUGAAUGCAGUUCAAAUCCAUGUCAAAACAAUGCUACUUGUUUGGAUCAGAUCAAUAGGUUUCAGUGUAACUGCGCUAGUGGUUUUACUGGCACAGCUUGUGAAACCCACCUUUGUGAUACAAAUGUAUGCAAAAACGGAGCUUCUUGCCAAAGGACACCUGAGGGAUAUACUUGCUCAUGUCUGAAUGGCUUUACUGGACAAGCAUGUAGCCAAAAUAUAAAUGAAUGUCUCUCAAAUCCAUGCAGUGAAAAUGGAACAUUAAACUGUACAGAUCUUGUAGGUGGCUAUCGCUGCUAUUGCAAAGCAGGUUUUCUUGGCACGAGAUGUGAGAACCACACGUGUGAUGUUUUAAAGCCUUGUAGAAAUGGAGCGGUAUGCUUGCGUCUGCCUGGAGGUUAUCAGUGUGUUUGCCGACCAGGUUUCACUGGUGCUGAUUGCCAAGUCAAUAUAAACGAGUGCGCUUCAAGUCCUUGUUUACAUGGGACCUGUAUAGACUCAGUUAAUGGCUAUCUGUGCAACUGCUCCUCGAUGUAUACAGGUGUACGGUGUGAAACGAACAUGGAUUCCUGUGUAAGCAGCCCUUGUUUGAACAAUGCUACAUGUACGAGCAACUUAACUACUUUGUCAUACACAUGUAGCUGUCCAGGGGGAUAUACUGGCCAUCGAUGUGAAAAUCAUUUAUGUGAUGCCAUAAUGCCAUGCAGAAAUAACGCGACAUGUCUGAAAUUGCCCAAUAACUACUCUUGUCUUUGUCCCAGUGGUUUCACGGGAAAUCAAUGUGAAAAUGAUAUAAACGAAUGCAACUCAUCUCCUUGCUUGAAUAAGGGAUCCUGUUUGAAUAAGCAAGGCUCAUUUGCUUGCAUUUGCCCAAGGAAUUUUACUGGACCUCGCUGCGAAACAUUUGUUGAUUACUGCUCUCCUAAUCCUUGCAACAAUGGCUCGUGUCGCAAUAACUACACAGCACAAACAUACAACUGCUCAUGUCCACCAGCUUUCUUGGGAAAGCAAUGUCAGAUUCAUAUCUGCGAUAUUCAAGACCCAUGUAAAAAUGGCGCUACUUGUAUUAGGGCAUUGGACAGGCCUAUCUGCAAUUGUCAGCCUGGAUUCUCAGGGCCUAACUGCUCAGUUAAUAUAAACGAAUGUGCCUCAGAUCCUUGUUUGAAUAAUGGAACGUGUUCGGAUUUAACAAACAGUUUUAUCUGCAGCUGUUCCUCAAGAUAUACUGGUGCCCUGUGUGAAACGGCAGUGAAUUUUUGUAGCCCAAAUCCAUGCAGAAAUUCAGGCAGUUGUCAAAAUGAUUGGGGAAAUGGUACCUAUCGAUGUAUAUGUCAGCCCAACACAAGUGGGCGUAAUUGCGAAAGUGUUCUUGGGCCGUGCUUUUCAAGUCCCUGUCUUAACAAUGGCAAGUGUAACGAGCUGUCUAGUGGUACUUUCAAUUGCUCAUGUCCGUUUGGUUUUAAUGGGACUAGAUGUGAAAGUCUUGCUUGCCCAUGUCAGAAUAAUGGAAGGUGUGGCACUUUUGGCACUACAGUGAAAUGCAUUUGUCCAAAUGAUUAUGGUGGCUUGUUCUGUCAAGAUUACUAUGGCGAUUGUCGCAACAACCAGACUCGCAAGUGCAUUGAUGAUACCUUCUGUGUGCUUGGAACAUACGGUUAUACAUGCCAGUGUCCUGGACACUUGUCAGGUGACCCUAGGUGCAAUACAUUAACAACAUGCACCCCCUCACCGUGCCUAAACAAUGCAACAUGCAGACAGAAUGGUUUUUUGUCUCUAGCUUGCAACUGCCCAGCUGGCUAUGCAGGCCAGUUUUGUCAAUUUGACAUCAACGAAUGUGCCUCUACCCCUUGCUUGAAUGGAGGCCAAUGUAGGGAGGUUGGUAUCGGUAGCUUUGCAUGCUAUUGCAAGCAAGGAUAUGUCGGCACUCUUUGUCAGAACAGAUCAGCAAGUCUAUCAUCGUCCUUGUUUGUCUCCCUUGGUUCAACGUUUUAUGUUCCAGCUGCUACAUCGGCAAUAUCCAACAUAAGAAGCGCUACUUUUAUUACAACCAUGGCAAUGUCAUCACAAGUUUCGACUCCAGCUUUCAGUGUAACGCAUUUAAAAAGCAGCUAUUGGAUAUCAACUCAGUCAUCUUUAGUGCCCAGUGCUGACAUCAUGACGAACAGUCAAUCGAACUUUGUCUCGUCACUGCUCACCAGUACAAAAUACCAGAGCUCCAUGACGACCAUAAGCUCAAGUUUGUUAACAUCAGCGAAAAGCAACAGUUUUGUUGUCCAGACGUUGUCAAUGUCAUCUUCUGCUGAGAGACAAUCACUAACCAGUGUUGCAAGAUACUCAACGACAAUAAAGACACCAGUUACAUUUGGUUUAUCAUACUCUAUGUCUAGUUUACAGCAAAGAACAUCGGCAAAAGUCACCUUUUCAGUGGCAAGAAUUUUUUCAAGCACUGUGGCAGCAAAUUCAGUCCGAUCCUUGUCACCAUCAUUGAGUACCAGCAUGGGCCAAACAUCACCACUUGAUCGUUCAGCGUCAAUUCAAACCAGCAUUUAUUUACAAAAUUCAGCAAGCUCAGCUAUCAUGUCAAGAGAUGUUUCAAGUUCUGUUGUGCAAAGGAAUCCAUCAGCAGCUGCAACUACCACGCCGAUCUUGAGCACAUACAUGCAGACUGCAGAGCGUUUUAUGAGUUUUUCGUCGGACUAUGUGAACACAGCCUCAAGCAGCAUGCAGAAUAUCCAAUCAGGCUCACACAGCAUAUCAUCAGUUUAUUUCCCAUCCAGUUACUCAACGCUUAUUCAUUUUACAAGCUCCCCAUACAUUCACUCGCCAGUUAGCACUAGCCCUACAGUGACAACAUCUUUGCCGCUUACAGCAAAAGCAAUUACUACAGUCUUGGGUCGUUUCUCAAUACAGAGUUCUGCUCAGUCAAGCUUGCCAAAUUAUGCAACCAGUUCCACUAGUCUUCGAUUUACUACUUCUGCAGCAAUCUCAUCGCCUUCGCAGGGCCCAUCCUUUCUGGUGUCCACCAGAGGCAGUGUUCCAUCGUUUGUGCUAUCGAGUACUCAGCGGCAAACUGCACAACAAUCCUUGGAAUCCUCGACUUUUAAGGAUACUGCAUCAGGGCCUUCUUCAAGCACAAAAUCAUUGUUUCUUUCUUUAGUAGACAGCAGUUCGUCACAGUUUUCAUCUAGCUUUAUGCGUAUGGCAAACACCUCUACAAGUUUGAAGCAACAAAUCACAUACCCACCCUGGACAUCAUCAGCUUCAACAGGGUUUUCAGUUAUGUUGACCACGCAGUCCAAAUCCUUGAAUUCAUCAGAUAGCAGCUUCACACUGCCACCGUCCAGCUUUUUGCCAAAUACUACCAGCAGAGCUGCAUCCAGCCUACAGCCAAGCAGAACAUUGACAAGUCAUUUUCCAAGCCCCCUAUCCGCACAAAGUCGCAUAAACAGCAGUUACUUAUUGUUACCUUCAAGCUUUUUGUCAAAUACUACCAGCAGAGCUGCAUCCAGCCUACAGCCAAGCAGAACAUUGACAAGUCAUUUUCCAAUCCCCCUAUCCACACAAAGUCGCAUAAACAGCAGUUUCUUAUUGUUAACUUCAAGCUUUUUGUCUAGCACUAUCAUCAGCGCUGCAUCCAGCAUUCAGUCGAGUAAAACAUUGCCGAGCCAUUUUUCAAGUCCUGUGUUUACACAAAGUCGCAUGUUCAGCUCAGUGAAGUUAUCAAGUGUCGGAAUUCACCCAUCACCUAUCAGCACUGUGGACACACGCAUUCUUACCAGUCUAUCACUUAAAGAGCCUCCUUUUUCAAGCUCUGUAGUUCAAACACAGACGCAAUCUGAAAUACAAAGUGACAGUCGCUCAGAUCUUUCAAUUCAGCCGUCCAGUGCAUGGCAAAGCUCAGCGAUGCCUACAUCAACUAUGGUGCGAAACCCUUGCACACCAAACCCUUGCCAGCAAGGUGGAAACUGCACUAGAACGUCGAGUCAGAACUUCAAUUGUACAUGUCCUUUGGGUUACGGUGGCCAAAGAUGCGAAUCACUUGCUUGCCAAUGUAAAAACAACGGCAGAUGUGUCAGGGACAGUGUUUUGUCAAAUUUCAGAUGCAUCUGCAAGGUAGGAUUCAGCGGGGCAUUCUGCCAGACCCGAGUGGCUGACUGUCGGACGGAAAACUGCAGUGGCCACGGAAUAUGCACAGAGCGUUUGCAGGGAUUUGUUUGCGAGUGCUCGGGUGGAUAUUUCGGUAAAAAUUGUCAAAGUUAUUCGAAUAAUUGUGUUCCAAACCCUUGUCAAAAUUCAGGCAUUUGCAGGACAAGGAGCAAUGCAACAGGGGGUGGUUUUGUUUGUCUUUGCCCACAGGGUUACCAAGGAAAGCAGUGUCAGUUUGAUUAUAACGAAUGUGCCACCAACCCUUGCUUGAAUGGUGGCAUAUGUCGCGAAGACAGCUUUAAUACAUAUGCAUGCUAUUGCCCCAGUUGGUCAUUUGGCAGAAACUGUGAAUUUCAACGAUCAUCGGUUUUACCUUUGUCCACUUAUGCACUGACUGGUUCAUCAUUUCUAUCGUUUUCUACUGGUAGUGUUUCGUUCCUGUCUGUAUCUAAGUCAUCCCUGUAUGGGUCUGUGGACUCUUCGCUCGGGCUGUCGUCUACUGUACACAGCACUUACGCAUCAGCAUAUUCUACUGGAACAGCCCUAAAGACUGAAAAGCCCGCAAAUACCCAUUCUGCUAUAACCUCAUCUUCAUCACCCUUGUUUACCAGCGUGUCUUCAUUCAGUAAUACAUUUUCGUCACCACGCCCAACUGUUUCAGUAGCCAUACAAAGUGGCUCGCCUGCACCUACUAUCUCAAAUACUUUAAAAAGCAACAUGACCGCCAUGUUGAGCCAAGCCUCUAAACAAUUCGCGUCAUCAUACAUCGACACAUAUCUCAGCAGUAAACCUACUUCAAAUUUCCCAUCACAAUCAAUGAGUGGAAUUUCGUCAUUGUCAAAAGAACUCCAACCAACAUAUCAAACAGUGACGACAACGAAAAGUGAUUCACCCAUGCCAACGUUUAUGCGAACUGAAACAACGACACUCCCCAGCCCUUCGCAAUUGUCAACAGAAAUUGGAGCCUCUUCAAGUUUCCAAAGAAAUGCAUCUGUAUUCUUUCCUUCGUCACCAGUACCUUCGUCAUUUUCACUAACAUCGUCGUCAAUUCUACCAGGAUCGGUUUUUUCUUCAAUCUCGCCACUGUCUUCGAAAUUAACAGCAACUAGCAUCCUGGGAAGUUCAUCUACGGCCAUCUCGAUGUCAAAGAUUUCCUCCAGUGCUAUCAGUGAUACGACCUUCAUCUCAGCAUCGCCUGUUAAUCCGUCACCUUCUCAAUCAUCGAUGUAUUUGACGUCUUCUGCCAUUCCGACGACUUCUCCACCAAGUAAUAUUACAUGCGCAGACAGGCCGUGCAAUGGAUAUCCGUGUUUUAAUGACGCGAACAACGGGAAUUCAUUUAGAUGUCAGUGUGGUUAUCCCUCUUUCGGACCAAGAUGCAUCGAAGGGAUAACAAUACACUUUCCCUACUUCAAUGGACAUUCUUUUGUCGAAUAUGCACCAAUCCGGUUCAAUGAAGUGGUCAACACAAUCGUGAUGACAUUCAGGACAACCAACAGCAAUGGCGUCUUGCUUUACGCUGGUCAUCAAACGUACAUAGACUUCAUACUAAUAAGGAUUGUCAAUGGAUAUGUUGAGUUCAGGUUUGAUGCAGGCGCUGGUGUUGUAACAAUAACAAGCCAAAGCCGUGUUGACAAUGGGAAUCUGGUUACAAUAAAAGCGAGCCAUGACAGUCGCUAUGGAGCUGGUUCUUUAGCAGUGAACUCUUCCGUUCCAAUAAGCCGUUCAUCAAAUGCAACCUUCAAGAGCAUCGAGCUUUCAACCUCUUGGUUUCUGGGUGGCAUCAACAAAACAUUUCGUCCUGUCAAUUCAUCGGCUGGUCUUCCUUCUUUUAGCAGCCUCGUUGGGUGCAUCCGGGAUCUGCAGGUUAACAGCAAACCAUAUCGAAUUAUUGAUGCUAUAAACUGGUCAAGUAUCUCCGAGUGCGACAUCCCAGCCUGCCAAAGAGGACCAUGUCGCAACAAUGCUACUUGUGUACAAAACAAAGAAGACAUGCAGCGGUACACUUGUCAGUGCGGGGUCGGGUACUUUGGAAAUGACUGUACCGAGAGGGUGGCACAUUGUAAUGGUGACCCAUGCAAUGGUGGUACUUGUGUGUGGACACCGACCGGGCGCAUUUGCCUUUGCCAGUUCGGAAGACACGGCCCAUCCUGCUUGUCAUCAUUGAACAUCACAAACCCAGUAUUUAGUCAAGUAUACAACUACUCUUCGUACAUUCAGUAUCCAUGGCAACAAACCAUGAGGAAUGCCGAUGAACGGUUUGAAAUUCAAAUCCAGUUCAGAGGGAAUCCUAACGACCCAAAUUCUCAUAAAAAUGGACUUCUCGUGUAUGCAGCUCAGAGCUCAAUAGGAGCGACUGGCGAUGAUUUCUUUGCUGUUGGUAUUGUCAGCAAUUAUACAUACAUGAUAUACAACCUUGGCAGUGGUGUGGCGACAGCACGAAGCUUGCAAGUGAUCGAUCCGGCAAGAACUUGGCACUUGGUAGUUGCAGGAAGAAACAAGCGUUCCGGGUAUAUCUAUACCGAUAACCAAACGCCUGUAUACGUGACCAGUCCCGGACUUCUAACCGGGCUGGACGUAUACACGCCGCUUUUUAUCGGUGGCGUACCAGAUCUUUCAAAGCUUCCCAGCAUUGUAAGAGCUUAUUUCCAAUCAGGAUUCGUUGGCACCAUAUCAAAUGCCUAUUUCCGAACCACAGAAUCAAACUUAAAAGCCUUGCUUACCAAUGCAACUGGAAAUGUCACUUCUGCAUCAAACGGAGUUCCAAUUGAGCGUGGUUUGAAUAUUGGUGACGAUUCAGUUAGCGAGUGUGUACCUAACCCGUGCCAGAAUAAUGGAACAUGCUCGCAAAACGGCGGGCAAUUUGUUUGCAACUGUCCAGCAGGUUGGAGUGGAGUUCUUUGUCAAGAUCGAAGAAUUCCUUGUGUCGAUUACAACCCUUGCGCAGCCGGGUCUAUCUGCCAAUCAAAUGCGAAUGGAAUUAGCUGCGACUGCCAGCUUGGUAGAAUUGGCCAAUAUUGUCAUCAACGGAUAAACAUCACACAACCAUUCUUCAAAGCUAAUUCUUUUAUGGCAUUCAAAAGUCCAAAUGUCAAGUAUCUCACAAAGGUUAACCUCAGAUUCAAGCCUGCAAAGCUGAACGGCCUUUUGUUUUACAUUAGUGAGAACACGGACAGCACAAGUGGAGAUUUUUUUACAAUCAGUCUUUGGAAUGGAUAUGUUUACGUUCGAUUCAAUCUCGGUUUGGGCUUGGCAACGAUGCGUUCUCGAAACACGGUCAAAGUUGGACAGUGGCAUGAGCUGUAUGUGGAAAGAAGGCUCAAACAGGCGAUAAUGAGGCUCGAUUCAAACAUGUACAUUGGGGUAAGGGGAUCGGGCUCAUACACACAGCUUAAUGUAGGGUCUGUCAUGUACCUUGGUGGCUUGCCGAGAUUGUCAGCUAUGAAUAUUCAGGCAGUGAAGGAUGUCAAUUCGCAAAGAGAUUUCGAAGGGACAGUUUCCCGGUUUAUUGUAAACGACGUUGUGACAGUUUUCAGUUCCACAAAAGUGGGUAGAAAUAUUGAAGAUGUGCAGCGUACAUGUGUCUUGAAUGAAUGCAAGAACAAUGCUCUUUGUAGCAUAGCAACAGUGAGAUCGCCGCACCCAUACACAUGCAGCUGUACUCUUGGUUGGCAAGGAAGCCUUUGCAAUAGUGCCAUUCCUCGCUACGCAAAAGCAAGGUUCAGUGGAGAUGGGUAUAUCUUCUUUCAAGACAACAUCACAACGCCAUCAACUGAUAAUCACAUAGAAUUCACUGUAAACACUACAUCAGAUGGGCUGAUUCUGUGGUUAGGGGAGCUGCGAAGUAGCAAACGUGACUACUUUUCUGUUGGCAUCAAAAACAGUAGACUCAGGCUUAGCAUCGAUACCGGCAACGGACUGUUUCAGUUUCAUGACGAUAAGAAUAUCUCAGAUGGGCAGCCGCACAAAGUUAUCAUAACGAGAAUAAGCUUCGGGAGCUUCGCUUCAAUUGCCUACAUUCUGAAUGGCUUUACACCCGUGUUAAGGUCAAUGACGUCAUCAGAUCAAGCCUUGGAUACCUCUGGCCAUAUUUACAUUGGUGGCCUGGAUGGUGAUGUUGUCAGCCUUUCUAGGGGCCAAUACAGAACAGGUCUCACUGGCUGCUUAUGGGAUGUGAGGCUGAGAAACGCUCUUGAUCUGAACAAGAAUCAGUAUAAUCGAGGUAUGAACGUAAGGGCCUGCAGUUAGUACACAUCCAGAUUGAGGAAAGUUCUGCUAUCAAGACGAAAGUCAUGUUGAAACUGACUUCACAUUGACAAGAACUGCCUGCUAGCAACACCGCUGGCCGUCUGAUUCAUGUGCCUGGCAAAGGCUUACACAGAGUAUUGGCAAAAGCGUACAUGUCCUCUGUGUAUUAUGCUAUACAUGCCAAAUACGCAUGGGAAGUUUUAAUGCACCGGGGAGAAUGCAGUGAAUGUAUGCACAUCUUUUCUACCUUGGAUUGUCGAGUAAAUCCCUGCAUGUUCUUAGCAAUGGCGGGAGAAAAUGCAAAAUAAAGUGUUAUUUUAAGUUAUCAAUAAAAGUAAAAUAAGUUGUAAAACUAUAGGCUGCUGGAGAUUAGGGAAACUUUACCAAAAUCCGAAAAAGUGUCAGAUAAGUAGCUGAAUGGUUGCAUUUUUAAAAUCUAACACAGAAAGAGAGGCUUUUCAUGUGACAGAAUGUACUUGAUUUUGCAGACCUUUCAUAGUUCUUGAAGUUAUUUCGAGAAAAGGCACAAAGCGAAUAAAAACUCAUAUUUUGUUGCCUCGUUGAUUCUUAUAUCUACUUUUUUCAAACGCCUGAACAAAUUUUCACAAUAUGCUUUAGUGUGAAAUUUUGUAUAAUUUUUACCUAGAAACUUUAUUGAAGAAAUGCUUGGCUGACAUCGAUUCCUUCUAAUUUUUGCUACUUUAAAAGUGGCGAGGCUAGUUCUAUUAUGGGCAGAACAACACCAUAAAUGCAUAGACAACUUGUAUAUAAGCUAAAACAUUUUAGGAAUAUGGUUUAGAGCAAAUUAUUAUAAAUUAGAGUGAUUGAUUUGUAAAAAUGUAAUUUUUGUAUGAUAUUAUUUGUACGAUACAUUGGAGACAGUUUUCAAA